AUGUUCAGCCCGGAUGGGGGGCUGCCGGCCGCCCCCUUCGGCCUGCUGCCCGACGGCGGCCCGCCUUUCCCCCGCGGCGGCUACGACGGCGCAGCCGCCCAGCAGCUUUUCUUCCCCUUCGCGGCCGAGCCCGACGGCGGCCGCGACGCCGCGGCGGCGCCCCGCGCCUGGCUGCCCGCGCCCGCAGGGCCCGCGGGGCCCGCGGCCAAGGCUGAGGCGCGCCCGGCCCGGCCCUGCCGCCAGGGUUCCCCCGACGGCCGCGCUGCGCCGCCCGCCGCGCCCUGCUGCGGCCCUGCCUGGGCGGCCCCGCCGUGGGGCGGCCCCGCGGCCCCCGCCGCCACCGCCGCCGCCGCCGCCCUGCCCGGGCCGCCCUUCGCCUCCGCCGCCUCCGCCGCCUUCCCCGCCGGCCACGGCCUCUGCCCCGCCGCCCUGCAGCAGGGUUCGGGCGGCCUCUCCAGCCUGGGCAGCAGCGGCAGCUCCAGCGGCGCCGCGAGCGAGGGUGGACAGUCCAGCGACAGCGGCGACGAGGAUGCACCAACAUCAGAAGAGCUGGAGCAGUUUGCCAAGGACCUCAAGCACAAGCGCAUCAUGUUGGGCUUCACGCAGGCUGAUGUGGGGCUGGCUCUUGGCAUUCUCUAUGGGAAGAUGUUCAGCCAGACGACCAUCUGCCGGUUUGAAGCUCUCCAGCUCAGCUUCAAGAAUAUGUGCAAGCUGAAGCCGCUGCUGCAGCGCUGGCUCAAUGAGGCAGAGAACACUGACAACAUGCAAGAGAUGUGCAAUGCAGAGCAAGUGUUGGCUCAAGCCCGGAAGCGAAAACGCAGGACCAGCAUCGAGACCAAUGUAAAGGGCACGCUGGAGAGCUUCUUCCGCAAGUGUGUGAAGCCCAGCCCCCAGGAGAUCUCCCAGAUCGCUGAGGAUCUCAACCUGGACAAAGAUGUGGUCCGGGUCUGGUUCUGCAACCGGCGUCAGAAAGGCAAGCGGCUGCUGCUGCCCUUUGGCAACGAGGCAGAAGGGGUGAUGUACGACAUGAACCAGUCGCUGGUGCCCACCGGCCUGCCGAUCCCAGUGACCUCCCAGGGCUACAGCCUAGCUCCAUCCCCUCCUGUCUACAUGCCGCCAUUCCACAAGGCUGAGAUGUUCCCUCAAGCUCUGCAACCUGGGCUCUCCAUGAGUAACAGCAGCCACUGA